UACAUAGUGGAACGAGUUACAAAAAUAGGUCAUAAACAACUAUAUAUACUAAAAGAAUCAUGUGGAAAGAAUUGUUUUUUCUAUUGGUAGUGACAACAUCGUUAGUCGCAUCAGUUAAGGUCCAGUGUAAACAGGAUUCUCAAUGUGGCUCGGAUGAAUGCUGUUAUUAUCACGAAGGGCCAAUGGUUGCCAGCAAAAGGCGCCGGGCUGUUUUACCGUUUACUGGUAUGGUUCAAGGCGGCUGGUGUGAAAAAUACAAGACUCGAGGAGAAUACUGUGAUACUAUUGAAAUGAUGAAUGGUCAUUGCGAAUGUGCUCCUGGAUUGAAGUGUACAUUUAUUUCAGACCAACAUGUUACUCCACAACCAAUAGUGCAAAAACGAGGACCAGUCUUUGGGGGACAUUACGAAUGUCAAACGUAACUGAAAUACUAAUAAAUAUUUAAGUUAA